UGACCUGAUUAGUUUUUAUUUUGUGGUCGUUUCUCAAAAAAAAAAAAAAGUUCCAGAUGAUCUACUGUUUUUUGACAUUCAUACAAAUGGCGGCUUAAAUUCAAUGAAUUUCAAUUUUAACGAGGGUUUAGUACAGUGUGUUUUUAGCUUUUCAAGGAACAUCACAAACACCAUGUUGGCAGUGAAGUCUUUCCUUGUUUUGUGGGCUGUCCUGUCAACCAUCUCAGACGGGUUGGCAAGGUUUACAACGUAUAACGAGUAUUUCAAUCUAAAUUGUACAUCUGGACAAAGCUUCCAUCGUUUUACCAGUUUCCAUGGUUCCUACGACCGGUCGUGGAGCAUUCGCUGUAAAAAGAUAGAGCCCGCCAUCGAGUUCAGAAAAUGUGAGUGGUCGAACUUAGUCAAUGACGUAACAGAUCGUGUCCUCUUCCAAUGUCACAAUGACGCAAUGUUAACAGGUAUCUUUACGAUCUAUUUCGGCUCAAACUACGACCGGAAGUACGAGUUCCAGUGUUGUGAGCCCGACCCUUCCUACGUCUUGCACUCCUGCUUCUACACUGGGCGCCUAAAUACCAGGUAUGGCAACAUCAGUUACCGGAUCCCUGACGGCUGGUACCUGCGUGGACUGUACAUCACAGCCCAGUACGAGCGAGACAGAACUUUCUACUUUCAGUUGUGCAGAAUUGGCAAGAUUGAGCUGGAGCAGAAAGAUCAAUGCUAAUGAACUAUUUUUAUUUUAAAUUUUUAACUUGGAAUUCGAUCGUGACUCUGAUUUUGAAUUUGCCUUGACCUGCAAUUCAAAUUUUCAAAUUAAUUUCUUUGUUAAUAUUUUAUUUUCCCUUUGAAUUUGACCGUGUCUAUGAUUCUGACUUUGACUUGACUUGUAAUUCGAAUUUUUAAAUUUAUUUUCUUUGUCUAUGAUUCUGACUUUGACUUGACUUGUAAUUCAAACUUUUAAAUUAUUUUCUUUGUCAAUAUUUUAUUAUCACUUCGAAUUUGACCAUGGCUCUGAUUCUGAACACGACUUACACUGUUAUUCAAUUUUUCUAAUUAAUUUCCUUCUAAUUUCUGUUCAAGAAAUGAUUUACAAAAUAUGUAUAAUUAAUUUUAUCUAGAUCAACGAAGCUUUUAAUAUGUUCCUUUAAUUACAUAAUAAACACCUGCCAUCAAAA